UGCGCAACCAAACAGUGGUCACACCCACUGAUGCUGGUGUCUCUCUCCAUGCUACAGUCAAGGUGCUAUUUUUCUGCAUAGAUUAUUUUGGGCUAGUACAACUUGUGCUUUUACAAUCUACAGUAGUAAUGUUGACCACCAUGUGCUGGCUACUGGUUGGAUGUUGUGGGCUCGCCUUUGUGAACCUCUCAGUGGCUUUAAACAGCAUCCUACAGGUCACCCAGAAGCCUCGUUUCUAUGGGGUGAAGACCAAUCGCAUUGUGACCAUAUUCUGUGUCGUAUCGGACCCAAACCAGUCUACCAUGGUGGAAUGGUUCAAGGCCUCAGAAUUCAACGCCACGAUGAAGAAGAUAGAGGGGGACCGGGUCACUGUGAGGCAGAAGAACAUGUUACAAAAUGCCUCGAUCGAACUCAGCCAUGUAGAGACGGAGGACACUGGAUUGUACUUUUGUCGGAUUAACAACAUCACCUGGGGGCCAGGGACAGAGCUACAAGUGCUCAAUGGUCAUAGAUUGUCAAAACACGUAAUUAUAUCUGUGUGUGAAGGACCCUCUCACGCUGAAAAUGCAGAAAGGAGGAGCAAGAUGAAGGAUGCGUUGAUAUUUCUCCAGGCGUUACUCUUAACACUGUUAGCUCUUGCCCCACUGCUACGCCACCAAUCCCUGUUGAAGAAGGAAGAUGCAAUUUAUGAGGAACCUGAACAUGAUCACAUCUAUGAGGGCUUGGAGAUCGAGCAUUGUGGUGGUCUGUAUGAGGACAUCUCAAUGUAUGCUCAGCCUGGGCCAGCAGAGGCUGCUGCAGCUUGGAAGCAGGAGUGAGCUGCAUCGGGGCUGAGAUGGGGACUGAGACGGGGACUGAGCUCGCCUGUCAUCCACUGCGUCUCAAUGCCUAUCUACCCCGUAUUCAUUAAGCGUUCAGAGUAGGAUUGCUGAUCUAUGAUCAGUUUUGCCUCAAAGAUUAAAAUGAAUAGACAAGAGGGACCUGAUCAAAGAUAUGCACCCCUACUCUGAGAUGCAAUAUGAAUACGGCCCUGGACUCAAAGGCCAAUGUCUCAUCCAUGUUGUUUCAGGAUGUGUCUUAUGUUUAGUGAUUUGUUCAGAUGACCACUAUUUCUUUAUGUUAUAGAUCCAUCCAUAUGGGUAAUGUCAUUUUAGAAUACAUGUCCGCAUGUUCUUUUUGAUACCUUCUAUAUAAGAUGCACCUAGAGGAACAGAUUGUUGAUUCAUGUUUCUAAUAGCAUAUCUCAAAUGUGUUUGUGUAUUCUUUUCAGUUGUGUUUGAUUUGGUGUUUUUAUAAAGGAGUUUUGAGUUGGUGCUACUAUUUUGAUUGUUAUAUAAUAGGGUGAACGCGACAAAGUUAGUUAUUGUAAUGCUUGUCUAACGAAGGCUUGUCUAUAGAAAGGCUUUCUCUUUUCAGAUUCUCCUGUUUCAGUUGUAAAUACUCGACCUGAUCACACCCCUUCAAAUUGUAUCAAUGUGGGUGUUUUGUUAAGUGGACAUGUGGCCUGGAUAAAUAUGUAGGCCAUCCAUUGCUGAUUGCUAAUAAUGUUAUACUUUUGCCUGUUCUAUGAUAUGGCAGCAUUGUAAAGUGGACUUUGCCUUUACAUUUUUUUUCUUGUCUUUAGACAUUUGUCUCGAGAGAAAGUUGUUUUGUCUAGAGCUGUCAUUUUUGCCAAAACAUCACAAUGCCUAAGCACUAUUGUUUUUCUGAAAACUAUUACUAUACCAUAAAACUAUUAAACAGUGAUUGCCAAAUCCA